AUGAAGUUCUUCAAUGCCUUGUUGAUAGCCCUUGGCGCACUAGCUUUAUGGGUCGAUGCUCAAGGUGCUGCUACACAAAAUUCGCCUUCGGUAAUAGAUUCUCCAACCUCUACAUCAGAUCAAACGCCUGCGUCCUCGUCCGCACCCGACACGGCGUCUACUCAAUCCUCCACCGAUGAUAGUUCAUCACUUGCGACCUUCACCGCCCCUCUAACAGCUUCCCAGAGUUCGACUUCGGCAACCACUCCGACCGCCGUCCUCCAACCCUCACCUUGUCUCUCCAAUGGCCAACAAUUGUCACUAUCCUCUUGUGCUGACACGACGAAUUAUUAUUGUAAUAUCACUACCUCCAUGUGUGUUCCAAAACUCAGCAACAACUCCAGCUGCACAAGUAAUCUUAUGUGUCAAGCCAAUUCCACAUGUCAAAACUCUUUAUGUGUUCCGCUUGCUGCAAACACCGGCGGAAGCGGCGUUGCUGUCGGCAAAAUUGGAAUAGCUGCCGGAGUAAUAGCUGGUAUAUUCGUGUUGGCAGGAAUCGCGUUCUGGGCGUACAGAUUCUUGUCGAAAAGGAAAGAGCUGGAGGAGGAUAACCGGAGGAUGCAAGAACCCUAUGGAUCGAAGACCAACUCGACUCUUGAGACGUCGUCAGACUAUCCGUUUAUUUCAAGGCCAAACUCUUUCUCGAAUUCUAAUAUGCCGCCACCAGCGGUUUCCAGACCUGAGAUGCGGACUUUUGACGCGCAGGGUUUCGGAGGCGCGAUGAAUAAUAACUCGUAUGGCGUGCCGCCACCAAUGAAUCAGUACGAUCAGCGCCGUGGGAAUGACAACUCAUUCGGCGGCAAUGAUUAUGCCGAAGACAAAAGGAGAUCGUCAAAGUACAACUAUCUCUCAAAUGCAUUUACAAGGAUGCGAAAUUCAUUGGGCUACGGACUCUCGAACUCCCAACCCCAGAUCAGCGAAAAUCAAUUGAACGCAUUACCAAAGAACGAGCUCAACUUUACCCAGAAGUCGAAUUACCGUCUCAGCGAUGUGGAAAAUAAUUUGGAAGAUGAUAACACCACUCUAAGGGACUCCAGCGUUCUGCCUGCCGACGAUCAAGAGGUAUUUUCAUUGGCAUCCGAAUCGAUAUACUUGGGCUUGGACUUUUCCGAUCAAUCCGCCGCUCAACAGAAUAAUUCGAGGCGUUACAAGAUGGGUUCAGUGUAUUCCCAAUACACUGAAAGUUGGGGAUCGAAUCACAUGCUUGGUGAUGUGACAUCAAUGCCCACCGGUCCCAUCACAUCUCAGACCACCAAAGAUAGAAAGAAUUUGCGUGAUAAGAAGAAUGCCGCCAGCACUCGAACCACUCUCUUCUCAACAAACGACGACCAGGUUCCGCGACAAUCAGUGAUGGAGUUAAACGCCCCGAUCUUUAAUAUCGCUGCUAUGCGUCAACAAAAACACUUGCCGCAACCAAGUGCUGCCUCAGCCGCAAGUUCCGGGUUCUCAUUGAACUAUUACAAUUCAACACAUAAUACCGAACGCACGUUGGCUCCAACGAAUGAGCGGGGAAGGCUGGUAUAUUCGUCGACCUUUGGCGAUGAGAGUGAACAUAGCAGCAGUGGUGGUGAAGAGAACUUGACCAUCGAAGAACAACUUUCACGACAAGAAUAUAUUGAUCAAGACAUCAGCGAGCUUGAGAAGGACAUCGAAUCUGUACGAAAGUUUGCGUGGAAUAAUUAA